GAGCCAGCCCAGCCGAGCCCAGUCGCUGCCCUGCGGCACCGCGGGCGGGACGCGCCGAGCGUGGGAUGCCCGCGCCCCGGAGGGCGGCUGCCGCGGUAGGCGCUGUCAGGUCUGCGGCUGAUCUCCCGCUGGGAUUUGCGGACAGUCAUGAACCAGACCGAGGCACCCCGGCCACUCAACUGGACCAUCCGGAAGCUGUGCCAUGCCGCCUUCCUCCCCUCUGUCAGACUCCUUAAGGCGCAGAAAUCAUGGAUAGAAAGAGCAUUUUACAAGCGAGAAUGUGUCCAUAUCAUACCCAGCACCAAAGACCCCCAUAGGUGUUGCUGUGGGCGUCUAACAGGCCAACAUAUUGGACAGCCUCCAAGCGCCUCCGUUACUCAGAAUGAGAAAAGUGAAACCAGGCUGGCUCGCAAUGACAUCCAGUCGGAGAAGUGGUCCAUCAGCAAGCACACGCAGCUCAGCCCGACGGACGCCUUUGGAACCAUUGAGUUCCAGGGAGGAGGCCACUCCAAUAAAGCCAUGUAUGUACGUGUGUCUUUUGACACAAAGCCUGACCUUCUUCUGCAUCUGAUGACCAAAGAGUGGCAACUUGAGCUCCCCAAACUUCUCAUCUCUGUGCACGGGGGCCUUCAGAAUUUUGAACUUCAGCCAAAACUCAAACAGGUCUUUGGAAAAGGACUUAUUAAGGCUGCAAUGACAACUGGAGCAUGGAUAUUCACUGGAGGAGUGAACACAGGGGUCAUUCGGCAUGUUGGAGAUGCCCUGAAAGAUCAUGCCUCAAAAUCUCGAGGGAAGAUCUGCACCAUUGGUAUAGCUCCCUGGGGGAUUGUGGAAAACCAAGAGGAUCUGAUUGGCAAAGAUGUGGUCCGACCAUACCAGACGAUGUCCAAUCCCAUGAGCAAGCUGACAGUGCUCAACAGCAUGCAUUCUCAUUUUAUUUUGGCUGACAAUGGUACUACUGGUAAAUAUGGAGCAGAGGUAAAGCUUCGUAGACACCUGGAAAAGCACAUUUCACUUCAGAAGAUAAAUACAAGAAUUGGCCAAGGGGUUCCAGUGGUGGCCCUUAUUGUGGAAGGAGGUCCCAAUGUCAUCUCCAUUGUCUUGGAGUACCUGCGAGACACUCCCCCUGUUCCCGUUGUGAUAUGUGAUGGCAGUGGCCGAGCAUCUGACAUCCUUGCCUUUGGCCACAAAUAUUCUGAAGAAGGAGGGCUUAUCAACGAGUCUUUGAGGGACCAGUUGCUAGUUACCAUCCAGAAGACUUUCACAUACACCCGAACCCAGGCACAGCACCUCUUCAUUAUCCUCAUGGAGUGCAUGAAGAAGAAGGAGCUGAUCACAGUUUUUCGAAUGGGAUCAGAAGGACACCAGGAUAUUGAUUUAGCUAUCCUGACAGCACUACUAAAAGGAGCAAACGCAUCUGCUCCCGACCAGCUGAGCCUAGCACUAGCCUGGAACAGAGUGGACAUCGCCCGCAGCCAGAUCUUUAUUUAUGGGCAGCAGUGGCCGGUGGGCUCCCUUGAGCAAGCAAUGCUGGAUGCACUAGUGUUGGACAGAGUGGAUUUUGUGAAAUUACUCAUAGAAAAUGGAGUAAGCAUGCAUCGUUUUCUCACCAUCUCCCGGCUAGAGGAAUUGUACAAUACGAGACACGGACCAUCCAACACUCUGCAUCAUCUAGUCAGGGACGUGAAAAAGGGAAACUUACCUCCUGAUUACCGGAUUAGUCUGAUUGAUAUUGGAUUGGUGAUAGAGUACCUGAUGGGAGGAGCGUACCGCUGCAAUUACACCAGAAAGCGGUUCAGAACACUGUACCACAACUUGUUCGGGCCCAAGAGGCCAAAAGCACUGAAGCUGUUGGGAAUGGAGGAUGAUGUCCCUUUGCGUCGAGGGAGAAAACCAACAAAGAAAAAAGAAGAAGAAGUUGAUAUUGAUAUGGAUGACCCUGAGAUCAAUCACUUUCCCUUCCCAUUCCACGAGUUGAUGGUGUGGGCUGUGCUGAUGAAACGUCAGAAGAUGGCCCUCUUCUUUUGGCAACAUGGGGAAGAGGCUAUGGCUAAAGCUCUGGUGGCCUGCAAACUCUGCAAAGCCAUGGCCCACGAAGCAUCAGAAAAUGACAUGGUGGAUGACAUAUCCCAAGAGCUGAACCACAAUUCCAGGGACUUCGGCCAGCUGGCGGUCGAGCUGCUGGACCAGUCAUACAAGCAGGACGAGCAGCUGGCCAUGAAACUGCUGACCUAUGAGCUGAAGAACUGGAGCAACGCCACGUGCUUGCAGCUUGCAGUGGCAGCCAAGCACAGAGACUUCAUCGCUCACACUUGCAGCCAGAUGCUGCUCACUGACAUGUGGAUGGGUCGUCUCCGGAUGCGAAAAAAUUCUGGCCUAAAGGUAAUUCUAGGAAUUCUACUUCCUCCUUCAAUCCUCAGCUUGGAGUUCAAGAACAAAGAUGAUAUGCCCUACAUGACCCAGGCCAACGAGAUCCAUCUUCAAGAAAAAGAUCCAGAGGAACCAGAGAAGCCAGUGAAAGAAAAAGAUGAGGAAGACAUGGAACUCACUGCAAUGCUUGGACGGGGCAAUGGAGAGUCCUCAAGAAAGAAGGAGGAUGAAGAAGUUCAGAGCAGGCACAGAAUGAUCCCCAUUGGAAGAAAGAUCUAUGAGUUCUACAAUGCUCCCAUUGUGAAGUUUUGGUUUUACACUCUGGCAUACAUAGGCUACUUGAUGCUAUUCAACUACAUUGUGUUGGUGAAGAUGGAUCGCUGGCCAUCUAUUCAGGAGUGGAUUGUCAUCUCAUACAUUUUCACUCUGGGAAUAGAGAAGAUGAGAGAGAUCCUCAUGUCAGAGCCUGGGAAGCUGCUGCAAAAAGUCAAAGUUUGGCUCCAGGAGUACUGGAAUGUUACUGACCUCAUAGCUAUCCUGCUCUUCUCUGUUGGGAUGGUUCUCCGUCUGCAAGACCUGCCCCUCCGGAGUGAUGGCCGUGUCAUCUACUGCGUCAACAUCAUCUACUGGUACAUCCGGCUGCUGGACAUCUUCGGCGUCAACAAGUACCUGGGGCCCUACGUCAUGAUGAUCGGGAAAAUGAUGAUAGACAUGAUGUACUUUGUCAUCAUCAUGUUGGUGGUUCUGAUGAGCUUUGGUGUGGCAAGACAGGCAAUUCUCUUCCCAAAUGAGGAGCCUUCGUGGAAGCUGGCGAAAAACAUUUUUUACAUGCCUUACUGGAUGAUCUAUGGGGAGGUGUUUGCAGACCAGAUAGACCCACCUUGUGGUCAAAAUGAAACCAGAGAAGACGGCAAAAUUAUCCAGCUACCUCCCUGCAAGACAGGAGCAUGGAUCGUUCCUGCCAUCAUGGCCUGCUACCUCUUGGUAGCAAACAUCCUUUUGGUGAAUCUCCUCAUUGCAGUUUUCAACAACACGUUUUUCGAAGUCAAAUCUAUAUCAAACCAAGUUUGGAAGUUUCAAAGGUACCAGCUCAUCAUGACAUUCCACGAAAGACCUGUUCUCCCACCACCUCUGAUCAUUUUUAGCCACAUGACAAUGAUAUUUCAACACCUCUGCUGCAGAUGGAGGAAGCAUGAAAGUGACCCUGAUGAGAGAGACUAUGGAUUGAAACUUUUCAUAACUGAGGAUGAAUUGAAAAAGGUCCAUGAUUUUGAAGAGCAGUGCAUAGAAGAGUAUUUCAGAGAAAAGGAUGACAGAUUCAACUCCUCCAAUGAUGAAAGAAUCCGUGUCACUUCAGAAAGGGUAGAGAACAUGGCCAUGCGGCUGGAAGAAGUAAACGAGAGAGAGCACUGCAUGAAGGCCUCUCUGCAGACUGUUGACAUCAGGCUUGCUCAGCUGGAAGACAUGAUGGGACGAAUGGUGACUGCCUUGGAAAAGAUGGCUGGCAUUGAGAGAGGCGAGACAACUAAGAUCCGAUCCAGGACCUCAUCCGACUGUACUGAUGCAGCCUACAUUGUGAGGCAGAGCAGCUUCAACAGUCAGGAAGGAAAUGCCUACAAGCUUCAAGAGAGCAUUGAUCCCACAGGAGAGGAGUCCAUGUCCCCAACAUCACCUACGAUCACACCUCGCUUGCGAAGCCAUUCCUUCUAUGCAACAAAUAUAAAGGACAAAUGUGGGUUGGAAAAGCUGGAAAGCAUUUUUAAGGAAAGAUCUCCAAGCCUGCAUCGGGCAAUCAGUUCCCACUCAAUAGCAAAAGAAGGAAAGGCUCCUUUACCCCCUACCAGCACUUUGUCAAUCGCCCCAGACUCCAGAAGACCUUCAUCUUGUAUAGACAUCUAUGUUUCUGCCAUGGAUGAAAUGCAUUCUGACACAGAACCUCUCGAGAGCUCCAUAAAUAUUCUUGGUCCUGAAGAUGCAGCUCUGCCAGCUCACAUAGCCUCUUCCCUUUUAACUAAUAGUGCAUACAUCAGCAGUACAGCUGGUGAAAAGAUCUCUGGCAGGAGUCUUGAUUAUGAGGAAACUUCUGGAAUAGAAACAAGAGCAUUUUCUUCAGACUAUUCACAAAUCACAGAUUGCCAAAUCCCGUGGGAUUCAGACCCUCCCUUGUAUCAUACUUUAGAGCGAUCGAAAAGCAGCCGUUACCUGGCUACUACUCCAUUUAUUCUGGAGGAAACACCAAUUGUGAAAUCUCACAGCUUCAUGUUCUCUCCUUCUCGAAGCUACUUCAGCAGCCUUGGUGUCCCAGUCAAAACAGCAGAGUACACAAGUAUUACAGAUUGCAUAGACACGAGGUGUGUGAGUGCUCCCCAGGCCAUUGCAGAGAGGGCCAGUUUCCCUGGAAGCCUCAGGGGCAAAGUGGAAGACUUGGGAUGCUGCCACCCAGAGAGAGAAGCUGAACUAACCCACCCAAGCUCUGAUCAUGAGGAUGUCGAGGUCAAAGACAAGAAGGGAAUCCCCUUAUCUCCUCAAGACAGCAGUGCUACAACAAUUCUGCCCAACAGCAUCCCACUCCCAAAGAUAGAGAGAGCCAACAGCUACUCUGCAGAGGAGUCCGGCGUGUUGCAUGCACAGCACACACGGAAGAGCUACUCCAUCAGUGACAAACUUGACAGGCAGAGAAACACAGCCGGCCCACGGAACCCCUUGGAGAGGAGCAAGUCCUCAAGGCCAGAGAGCAGAGGGGACAACCUGUCCAUGAGGAGACUGUCAAGAACUGGAGCCUUCUGCAGCUUUGAAAGCAAGCACAGCUAG